AGUGAAGCUCAAUUUCACUACUCACCACGAAGCUGGAGGGUAAAUUCACUUCCUUCUUUGAAAAAUGGCUAUCAAAAGGUGCAUCUUGCUGUAUGUGCUUAUCAUUUGUGGUACCUUUGAACUUUCUCAUGGAUUGCGUGUCAACAUGACCAUGUUUUCCAACUGCCAAGACGUGAAGCUUGCCUACAACGAAAUGCCCAUCUCGCUGGAAACGGUACGCUUUGAUCGCGAUUCCGAGGGCGUUUGCGACACGCUGCACGCGGAGUACGAGGUGCGGGAAUCGUCCGACGACGUCGAGUGGGAACUGAUCAUCACGACCUACCAGUGUGAACAGCAGACGGCGAAAAUUUGUCUCGACAAUCCGAAGGAGUACAUUGAGCCGAUGCACUGCGAUCGGUUCCAUUCCGACAACAGUGGGCCCUGGUUCUUCAUUGCCAGCUCAAUGACCAACGGUGAUCGGUGUGGCCGCAUGACGGGUCGUUACAAUCUCGAUGCUGCGGUGCUGAAGAUCAAGUACCUGGAGCAGUACAUCGCGAUGGGCAAGGGCACGUAUCGCGUACGGAUGCUGUUCCACAUCCCUGGCACCAAUCUGGACACGCUGAACGUGCGCGGCUGCUGCGAGAUGGACUUUGACGUGAUCGAUUGAACGUGCGAUCGUGGUCGAGUUGCUUUAACGCGUAAAUGCUGAAACUGUACAAACUAUCCACAUUAAAUAAGCCACAUCUUGCUAAGCGAGACGGGGAAAUGGGGUUGCAAAAACGCCGAUUGUUA